UGAGGUUCUAAGUCAUUAAUUAUUCUAUGUUGGACACUGGCAGACGCUGGAAAAGAUCAAAAAGAAUCAAGAAGAUAGUCUUCUUGAAAAGAAUAAAGAAAAUAAUUUUGUUGUGAAUAUUUUCUUUUAAAAAUAUUAUCAAAUAUCUUUUGAUACUGUUCGUUUCAAAGAAGACAAAAACAUGAAUUCUGCAUUCAAGGGAAGGUUCUUCCCUAACGAAUGCUUUAUUUGUAAAUCGAGGCGCAUGUUAAUAAGAUGUGAUUGUAAAAUGAUUGCCUAUUGCUCCGAGGAACAUCGUUUACAACAUUUACCAAUUCACGAGAGUUUCUGCAAAGCAGUUCGAGAAGUAAUAAAAGAAAAAGGAUUAAAGCACAUUAGUGAAAGGAUUUUAAAUACGAAUACCACUUGGGAUAAUGUCUUUCAAUAUAUGAUUAAUUUUGAAAAAAAAUUAGGAAGAUGUAUGACUCCUUUGGAAAUUUCCAUGUGGGUACGACCCCGAGUUUGUUUUUAUUGUAGAGAUUCAAGACUUAAUUUAUACGACUGUCCAGAUUGUCCAAUUGUAAGUUUUUGUAAAUCUCACAGAAGGAACCAAAUGAAUAGCCACAAUUGUGGACUAAUGAAUAGGUAUUUAAAAACAUUAUCAGUAGCAGAGGAAUUAAACAUUGAUAUGCAAUUUUUACCAUCGCGUUUUCCAUAUAUAUCAGAAGAUAGAUUUGACAUUUUUGAUCCACUAACUCAUACAGUUUAUGAUACUUCCUCCUCUAUUUUGUCGAUAUCUACGAAAGAAAAUUUAAUCCAUUUCAUUAAUAUUGCUUCAAAAUUGAAUGUUGCUUUAGAAAAGAUAUACGACACAACUCCAGAGAAGAUUAUCAUUCAUAUCGUUUCAUUUUCCAAUGACCAUGCAAUUAUAAUCGCAAAUCAUUGGGAAUUCUUUUUGCAUGUUAAUCCAAAGAUAAGGAAUUUAAAAAUUGUCAUCACGCAGAAUUAUUCUAUUGAAUCAAGCUUAGAGAAUUAUUCCCUUUGUGAAAAAUGUGUAAAACUGGAGAAAACAUUGUCUGUUGAGAAGUAUUUAUCAAGCUACAAAGAGUAUAUGUUGAAAGAGAAUUAUCAAGUACCGGAUAUUCUUUUUAAUUUCCGAUUUGAAAAUUGUUACUAUUUUGAUAGAUUUAAUGACUGGAAUGAAAUUGGUUGCCCCAUUAUUUUAUUGCCUAAUUCAAAAUCUAAACAUUAUAAAAUGCCCUUUUUUCUUUCGUUUCUGUAUGAAAAUCUGGAAAUGUUUUUUAAUGGAAAAAUCAACACAGCUUUUAAUGAAGAAGCUGAAUAUGAUGAAGACAGUUACUUCAUCAUUUUUAAAACAAAGAAAAUUAAAAAACAAGAAAUAUCACCUGCUGAUAAUUCCAGCGAGAAUGACGACACGAGUUUAACUCCAACAAAAGAUGAUUCGAUAUUAAUUGAGAAUAAUAAUGAAAGAGCAUGUGAAGAAGAAAUUGCAGAAGAUAAUUCCAGUGCAGAAGAAACUGAAAAACAAAAUCUCAAAACUCUUUCACCUUCUUCGUCUUUUUCUUCUUUUACAAUUGUUUCUGAACCCAAAGAAGGAGAUAAUAAUGUAGAAAAAAUUGUGAACAAUGAUAACUCGAUAGCGGAUGACGAUUUAGAAUCUCUUUGUAAAGAGAACGAGUCACUAUUUACAGAGAAUUCAUCUCUUAAAGCUGAGAUCGAAAAAUUACAACAUGAAUUAAGUUCAUCGACAGAAAAAGUGUCAAAAUUACAACAAGAAUUGAAUUCAUCGACCGAUAAAGUGGUGAAAUUAGAGAAAAGAAAUGUGGAACUUGAAAAAAUUGGUUUUCAUUUAAAUGAGAAGAUUCAAUCGAUCGACGAAAUAUUUCAAACAUUGAAGAUGGAGACGUCGCUUCGGAUUAAAAAGGAAAAUUCUUAAAUUUGUUUAAAACAAAUACUUCUUAACAUAAUUAUUUUUCUAACUAGAAUCAAUACGAAAACUUUUUGUUUUGAAAUUUAAACUACAAUUACUUUUAAAUUACAAUUUCAACUACAAUGUAAUACUUAUUUUUUUUAACAUGUUAAAGAUUAAUGGUUUCACAGAAAGAAUUAAAGAUACGAAACAUAAUGUAAUAAUCUUUAUAAUAAAAUAAUUCAGAAUAAGAAUUAUAAUUUUC